GCCGUUGUUGCAACUCCCGCCGUCAACUACUCUACACACUCGGCACAAUAUAGAUGCCAGGCGUGAGGUAGGCUCAAAGCGGCAGCAAGAGCAAGCCUGAUCGACUCUGCCCCCCCGAAUGCUCUUCUCCUUUAGGUUCUUUGAAGAUGGCAGCGAAACCAAAGUACCUCACGGGGGAUAUUCCCGCUAUCAACGAAUUUAUCGAUCGCUUUGAUGUCUUCCUGCUGGAUUGUGAUGGAGUAAUUUGGUCUGGGAAUCAUGUUUUCGAUGGCGUCGUCGAGACGCUGGAACUCCUGCGUUCCAGAGGCAAGAAGACGAUUUUCGUUACCAACAACUCAACCAAAUCCCGGCAAGAGUAUCUCCAGAAGUUCACGGGGUUAGGCAUCCCGUCAGACACUGAAGAAAUCUUUGGCUCGGCGUACUCGUCGGCCAUCUAUAUCUCCAGGAUCCUCAAGCUGGCGCCGCCCAAGAACAAGGUUUUCGUCAUCGGAGAGGCUGGUAUCGAGAACGAGCUUCGGAGCGAAAGCAUACCGUUCAUUGGCGGCACUGAUCCGGCUUUCAGGAGGGACAUGACACCUGAGGACUCGAAGGGACUCGCUGACGGGUCUCUGUUGGAUCCCGAAGUAGGAUGUGUGCUUGUCGGUCUCGAUUUCCACAUCAACUAUCUGAAGCUGGCGCACGCCUUCCAGUACCUGCGACGCGGUGCAGUCUUCUUGGCGACCAACGUGGAUUCGACCUUUCCCAUGAACCACAGCUUCUUCCCCGGCGCCGGGUCUAUCAGCAUACCGCUCGUGUACAUGACGGGACAAGAACCGCUGGCGCUCGGGAAGCCCAGUCAGGCCAUGAUGGAUGCUAUUGAGGGCAAGUUCCAGCUGAACCGCGAGCGCACGUGCAUGGUCGGGGACCGCCUCAACACAGAUAUCAAAUUUGGAAUAGAAGGACGGCUAGGCGGAACCCUUGCCGUCCUCACAGGCGUCAACAAGCAGGCCGACUGGGAGGUCGAUGACCCGAUUGCAGUUCCCGCAUUCUACGUAGACAGACUGAGCGACCUUCGGGCGGCCGUUUCCUAGUGAGGAGCUGUCGCGCAAAACGAGGUUUUGCUGUCUGGAAAGUUCGCCGAGAGAGAUUCCAGGUUGGAGUGGUGGACCAGCAGUUUGGUUUGUCCGUAUAGAUUUUGCUCGGCGAUGGUGCAUACCUAUGCGGAGACUGCGGAGUUCCGGUAGACGGUUUAGAGGUACUUACCGGUAGCGUACAAUACACCAGGGCAGGGGUUGGGAGCGGCCCGAAGAGUUCAUAUUCUCCCAUAUACACUAGAUCUACCAUACAAGGCAGGCCAAUAGAGUUGGAACCCGUUUUAG